UGCGCAUCCGCAUGCGGCUGACUUUUCAAACGAGUCAGCUAUCGUAACGAAAAUCAAAUGAGAAAUGCAAAUCGCUGAGUGACGUGUGGAUUGAACCGCUUUCUUUGACCGCCUUCGUAGCAUUACAAUGUGUAUCUACCCCGGAGUACAAUGCUUGCUCGUUUAAUUUCACGAAUUUUACGAGAUACGCAUCGUUUCGUUCCUGGGUUGCGAGUCGAUUGGCUAAAAUUGAAUGUAUCGAGAGUCUGUGUUCAUAUGCCUAUGGUGUUUACAAACUGUGCGGUGUAAAUUUACUAUCGCUCUUCAGUGAGCGAUGAUGAAUUGACGUAUCGUGCACCAAUUUAUUAGAAGUUGUUGAAGUGAUAUAUGAGGAAAUACGAGGACCCACGUACUGAAGUCGAAAUACCUAAACGUAUGUUUCAUAACCUAGACAAGCAGUCGUGACGGCAUGGAGACAGCUGUAUAUGGACUGCUGGUGUGAUGUAAUUCGCCGUAAAUGAAUACAUUGAAUAUCACCGGAAGGAUAGAGCCUGUGAUGAUAUGUCAACGCAGCAACAAAUAGUUGGUGCGGAUAUUUUAUUAGAAUUUCUAGAAGUAGCAUUCCAUAAUAUUCUGUACGUCAGGAAUUUGUAUCCAAAAGAAAUUUUUGUACGGAAGCAAAUAUAUGGAAUAGCCACACAAGUUUCUGAGCAUCCAGAAUUGAACACUUACCUGAAAGAAGUACUUAAUUCGAUCAGAGAAUUGAUCAGGCAUGAUGAAAACAGCGUUAGAAAAAUCAAUCUUUGCUUUUACAAUCAGGAUAAAACACCGGUAGAGCAAUUUGUCUUUGAUCUCGGAAAAUUAAAGGCUGAUCUGGCGGUACACGAUCCAUUCUUUUUAAAAACAGAAGAAGCUCUCAGAACUUUUUGCUUGAAGCUUUCAACAUCCGGUUCAUAUUUGAAACGACUACCUGAAAAUGCUACGUUUUCCAUUCAAAUCCAUACCCAUGAAGCGGCGCACGCUGCGCUAAAUGAAAAUCCAAGAUGUGAAAAUUUUCCCUGGAUCGAAGCUGAAGAAGAUAUGACCGAAAUAAAAGAGCAGACUUUGUUACCUCUGAAGUCAAUCAAUACCGAAUAUUUGAAUCUACAAAUGUAUGCGUUGGAAAAAGAAAAUAAGAACGAAGAGAAGCAGUGAUUUGAUUGUUUGCUGUUUUCCGUUUUUUCAUUCUAUUGCGACAAAUUACGUGCAAACAAAUAAUCCUUAUACAUUUUACAAGAUAGUGUAAAAAGUGAUUCGCAAUGGCACGCUCUGGAGAAAACAAUGAUCCUGCGCUCAUGAACGAUCUAUUAUUGCUUGACGGAAUAUCUGGAUUCGUUGAAGUACAUUGCAACAGAAAAUUUCAACACGACUACUCUCGUAUUUUCAACUGAUACGUACAUCAUAUAAUGCACAGUCGACCGUUGAUAGGUCUUUCAAACAAUUUAUUCUAUUUUCGGCUUACCAAUAUUAUUGCAUGAUAGCGUUAUAGAAAAGGCUUUACGAUGUAGUGAGCGCAAAACGCUCACUGUGUUCACACGGCUCAUAUUUUCCGGUUCAAUCUUUUUUUUUUAAUCCGUAAUACAUUUUACAUGAUAUAUAAAACCUACAGCUCACUCCUCAAUAUGUUUUCAAUGUAAUCUUAUUACUAUCCACGUACUCACAAAUGGUGUUCAAUUAAAAAUAUAUUAUCAUUUUUCAAUUGUCUGUACGUUCAAUAAAAGGCAGUAAUAAGUAAAUAUAUCAAACUUUUCCUAGAUCACUCUUCAUUUUUCGAAACACAUAGAAUAAAUUUCAUUUUGGUACAACAGUCCGACAUGAAUGUGUAUUAGGGUGAUCCUUACUUAGGGUGUUGAUGAUUUUUUUCAGACCACCCCCCAAAUCAACUAUAAAUGAUUCAAAAACAAUUUCCUAAUUCUUUCAGAUUUUUAUAUCAAUUCUAACCCAUGCCUGCAAAUGGAUGGAUAUCACCAUUUCAAAUACACCUGUUUCAGAUACAUUCUCAGCAUAUAAUUUAUUGUAAGAGUGACGAUGUUCGAAUUAAUCUGUAAUUGCGAAGAUUUAGUGAGUAUUAGUACUACUAUCUAAGAAAAAAUUCACAUCAUCAUACCAACCAAUCUCGACAAAUUGCACACCCUAAAAAUUUGACUUUUUCUUUUUAUUUAUAAGAAAUUCAAUUGUCUAUAUUACCUGGUAUGAUGAUGUGAAUUUUUUCUCAGAUAGUAGCACUAAUGCUCAUUAGAACCUCACAUUCAUGGAUUGUUUCGAACAUUCUUACUCUUAGAGUAAAAUAUAUACUAAGAACGUGUCCGAAACACGUGUAUUUUAAAUUGGGAAAUCCUUCCUCUUACAGGCACGGGUUACAGUUGAUA